GGGAGGAGCAAGGUUUGGCUGAGCAGUAAUUUUAAUUUCACACUUGCCUAGUUGCCCACUUACAAAUUCAUCACUCAAUCAUUUCCCUCUCUUCUUCUACACCAACAGACAAUCGACUCUCUCGUUUCUUUGAGGGAUUUUUACAAAUACGGAGUAAUCGAGAGAGAGAGAGAGAUCAAGUGACAAUGUCUCUUCGACCCAAUUCUCGAACCGAAGUUCGCAAGAAAUCCUACAAAACUGGUGUCGAUGGAGACGAGGCUCGGCGGAGGAGAGAAGACAAUCUCGUUGAGAUCAGAAAAAACAAACGGGAGGACAAUCUCCUCAAGAAGCGUAGAGAAGGGUUUCUUCAAGCCCAGCAACCCACCGAGCUUUCUCAAGCCGCCCCGGGGAUCGAGAAAAAGUUGGAAAGUCUUCCUUUAAUGGUACAAGGAGUAUGGUCAGAUAAUCCUGCUUCACAAUUGGAAGCAACCACUCAAUUCAGAAAACUUUUGUCAAUCGAGCGUAGCCCUCCUAUUGAAGAAGUAAUCAAAGCAGGUGUUGUCCCCCGAUUUGUUGAAUUUCUUGGAAGGCAUGAUCUGCCUCAACUACAGUUUGAGGCAGCAUGGGCUUUGACCAAUAUUGCAUCUGGGACAUCAGAACAUACACGUGUUGUCAUUGACCAUGGUGCUGUUCCUAAAUUUGUGCAGCUUCUUAGCUCUUCAAGUGAUGACGUUCGUGAACAGGCUGUAUGGGCUUUAGGUAAUGUAGCAGGAGACUCACCUCAAUGUAGGGAUCUUGUUCUUGGUCAUGGUGCACUCAUGCCAUUACUGGCUCAGUUAAAUGAACACUCAAAGCUAUCUAUGCUGCGGAAUGCUACCUGGACUUUAUCCAACUUCUGUCGUGGAAAGCCACCGGCACCAUUUGACCAGGUUAAGCCUGCAUUGCCAGCCCUUCAGCACCUUAUUCACUUGACUGAUGAAGAAGUUCUAACAGAUGCCUGUUGGGCGUUAUCUUAUCUUUCUGAUGGCACAAAUGAUAAAAUUCAGGCAGUAAUUGAGGCAGGAGUUUGUCCACGACUUGUGGAGCUUCUCCUUCAUCCGUCACCUACAGUUCUCAUACCUGCUCUUCGAACAGUUGGAAACAUUGUCACAGGAGAUGAUGCUCAGACUCAGUAUGUAAUUGAAAACCAAGUCCUACCCUGUCUCUAUCAACUUCUCACACAAAAUCACAAAAAAAGCAUCAAGAAGGAAGCAUGUUGGACAAUCUCAAAUAUCACUGCAGGGAACCGAGGUCAGAUACAGGCUGUUAUUGAUGCCAAUAUCAUCUUCCCUUUAGUGCAACUACUUCAACAUGCAGAGUUUGAAAUCAAGAAGGAGGCUGCAUGGGCCAUCUCAAAUGCUACCUCUGGGGGGACCCAUGAACAGAUCCAAUAUCUGGUUAGCCAAGGCUGCAUCAAGCCACUUUGUGAUCUUCUAGUCUGCCCAGAUCCAAGAAUUGUAACUGUGUGCCUUGAGGGCCUUGAGAAUAUUUUAAAGGUGGGUGAGGCUGACAAAGAGUUGGGAAAGACUGGUGGGGUGAAUAUGUAUGCACAGAUGAUUGAUGAAUGUGAGGGAUUGGACAAAAUUGAGAAUCUGCAGAACCAUGACAACAAUGAGAUUUAUGAGAAGGCGAUGAAGAUAUUGGAGAGAUACUGGGUUGAUGAAGAAGAGGAAGAACAGAAUCUUCAAGAUGGGGAAAUUACCCAACAGGGCUUUGAGUUUGGAAACAGUCAGCCCAAUGUUCCCUCUGGUGGCUUCAAAUUUUGUUGAAGCGGGCAACUGAGCAAUAGUUAGUUCCUAAUUUUUGAGAUUUAUAAAAACUGUAAUUGUUUGUUUUGACAUUGUUUUACGUUCCAAGGGUCAGUAUUUUUGGUCUGACUCCUACUAGAUUCAUCUUGGUUGGAUGUUAUCAAUAGUUAAAGCCUAUGGUCUUUUGACUUUCUAUUUUUCAGUUUUAUUUUUAGUUUUGUUUUAGGUUUUAGUGGCACCAAUAUUUAUUAUGGAAGGGGUGGUCCAAUGAUGAACAAUGUUAUUAAGCUGCAAAAAUAAUCAGCUCCUCGUUCAUCAAUCAUUCCUUGCAUGGUAACUUGUACUUCUUUUGGAGAUACCCAAUUUUAAGCCAUGCUGCCGUGUCUGUAUA